AAUAUGAAAAAAUCUUAACAAUAUAAAAUGUUAGAAAACUUUUUUUUAAUCAUGAUACUGAUAAUCAUGGUUCAAAGUUUAAAAAAUUAAGAUCACCGUCAAUAUGUGUCGACUUAUCAAACAUCACACACACGAUCAAUAAUAUUAUCAGUAUUUGUUGGUACAUAAAAUUGAGUUAAAAUAUUGUUACUAAAGCGUAAUUUACACGGAGCAAUUUUCAUUCAUUUUUUAACAAGCGUCUUAAUUUGUUAACGAAUUCGCUGAUAAAAACACUGAUUUUUUAUUUGCUAGCAUCUACAAUUUUAAGGUCGCGGUAUUUAUUAAUCGCUUAUCAAAAAGUUGAACAUUUUUAUUUUAUCGUUCUUUUCAAACAAAUGGUUUACCAUUGUUUGCUCCGCCACAACUAAGCGAUUUUCGACGUUUGUUGUUAAUAUCUUUAUCGCCAGUUUAUCGCUCUUUCAACGUGAAUUUUUGACUGACAAAAUUCGCUCUAUGCUGAACUAUUUACAUGUUGUUAACGAGCAAAUGAAGUCGCUAUCAUUCGUCACAGAAUAAUAUAACUCGAGCUGCUAUUGUCGAACAAAAAUGUAUAUUCAAACAAAUAUCGAAAUAUAUCAGUUGACCAUUUUGUACAUGCAUGCGCAGUAUACCAAAUUAUUCGCUGAUUCAUUUGCUAUCGUCUUGACACGACCGUUUUUUAAUACUGAUAGUUAUUUAUUUGACAAAAGCGGUAACAAUUUUGUCGCAGCGACCACGCCGCAACUUUAAAAUUGUAGACGCUAGCAAAUAGUUAAAAAAAGAAAAAAACAUUAAAUCGUUGGCGAUUUUGUUAGCAACGUGUAAAUGCUUUAAUACUAGCGAAUUUUAUCGGUCAAAAAUUUACUGUAGAAGAGCGACAACCUGGCGAUAAAAGACGCCAGCGAUAAGCGUCGAAAGUUACUUUAUGUAAAUAACGCUUAAUACUGAUAAUGUAAGGUAAUGUAAAAAUAUUGCUACAUACUAUAAGUAUUACUAAUUCAAUAUAUAUUAUUACUAGUCAGGAUUAUUGAUCCUAGAUAUUAAAAGGCUCCUGUUAUCUUUAUCAAUAUUACAUUUCUUUGAAUAGUUCUUUAGCAUGUAUCAAUUUUAUCUCAAUAUAUAUCUCACCUCUUUCGGAGAAUCCGAAAUCUCCACAAUUGGUCGUACAAAGAUUCCCAUUUCUUGAAAAUCUCUGACAAUCCUUUGCCUUUUCUGUUUCCUUACUUAUUAGUCGCGCUUGUUACGCAAUAAUUUGUACCGUAUAAUAACUGCUAUUAUUACUUUAUUUAUUUUAAUAUUAUUUUAAUACUAUUUUUACAAAAAUGCAAUACACAUAUUUGUUAAUAUUAUGAUCCUCAUAUAGCAGUUAAUGAAUUAGCAGGGGAUAUUCGAAACGCGCGACGGACGAUAGGAAACUGAUCUGGUGUAUGAAACGCAAGGUGCUGCUUGAAAUGAGAAAGUAUAAAGAAAGUCACUUUCAUCGGUAUUCCGAGGGACGAUUCCGGGACACACUCAAGAGGCUGCCAUCAUAAUGGCGGAUUAUUGUCCGCUGUGCGCGAAAAGCGGCAUUAAGAGGAGAAUCAAGGUAUUUCAGAUUAAUUUUGAAGAAGCAUUGAGGGCCUGCGAGUCGGAGGAGUGCACCUGGCCAUUUGGUUACGAGGAAUUGAAAAUCUUCCCUCGAUCAGCUCUCUCCUGUACCUGGGAGGAGGAACCUGCGAGUCCUAUUGAAGAGGACAGUGGACUUGCAUUGACGGAACUCUCGCUUUAUACACCGCCCGUGACUCCUGGACAAGAGCUCUCCAAAGAGCUAACGGAGACUGUAAGCACUGAAUGCUCAACGAAUCCUCCAGUGGAAGAUAAAGUCGGAAUCUUACCUAAUAAAUACGACUUCAUUACAAAAGAAUCUACUGACUCUAAUGAAUCGCCGUUGUUGGAGUUAAUCGAGUUAGGAAGCAUUAAUUGCAUCGAAAGAAAGGAUAGUCUUACAAGCGAACAGAUUGCAAAUGGGAUUAACGUUAGCAGAACACUGCCCAAGAUCAUUAGCAUUGAAAAGACUAAUAUUAAUCUUAAAAUUAUUUCUAAUACCGAUAAACAUGAUGACAGAAAAGUACAGUCGCAAUCGCUCACAAACGCAAUGGAUACUGUCGAGAUUUUUACUCUAUCUGAUGGUACAUGCGCGGAACUUGGUUUGAAUAUGCUGCAUAAAACCAGAGAUGAACUGAAGGAUGAAAGUGGCGAGCUGCAAUCGAACAUUAUACUAGACGUGAACAGCGUGGAGACCCGUUCUAUGCAUUCGGAAAGCGAAACGAAAAUGCUAGUCGAUGUAGAUAUUGUAGAUAAUACACAUAGCGUAAAUACAACGAGCGAGUCUGUAGGGAAUAUCUCAACAAACGGCGACAUAGACGUGAUUUUAGAGGAUAUUAUAAACGAUGAAAACUAUAUAAUUAUGGACAUAAAUGAUGACUGGUUAAAUUCGUUGAUAAGCUGACGACGGUAACUUACACUUAUUAUUAUUUAAAGCAAUAAAUAUAAGUAAACGAAGACUGAACUGAUGUGGUGAAAGAGAUUAGGGUAUAUGUAUAUUAUUAUAGAAUACAUUCCAAUCGGAAUUAUUUUCUUUUUUCUAGAAAACAAACAAUGUAGAUUAUAAUUGAAUAACUUCGAUUGGAAUUCAAAUUUCGAAUAGUUUCGUACUAUAUGUCGUAUUAUAUAUCUUGCAACAAAUAUUUAUGAAAUGUGAUAAUAAGAUUACCGCAAUAAAGUAUUGUUAUGUAUAAAAGAAAAAAUA